CGGACGUCGCGGCUGUGGCAGUCGGGCGGCGAAGCUGGAGCGGCGGUGGCGGCGGCGGCGGGAGGCCGGGGCUGAGGCUGGGGCCGGGGCUACUAGGCCCGUGGGGAGACAGGCGGCGGCGACGGCCCGGGGCUUGAGCCCGGACGCGGGAGCGGCCGCCAUGGCCGACAGCAUCAUCGUCCGUGUGCAGUCCCCGGACGGGGUGAAGCGGAUCACAGCGACGAAGAGGGAGACGGCGGCCACGUUUCUGAAGAAGGUCGCAAAGGAGUUUGGCUUCCAGAACAACGGCUUCUCGGUUUACAUCAAUAGAAACAAGACUGGAGAGAUAACCGCAUCCUCCAACAAGUCCCUCAACCUGCUGAAAAUCAAGCAUGGGGAUUUGCUGUUCCUGUUCCCCUCGAGCCUCGCCGGGCCCUCGUCGGAGAUGGACACGUCCGCCCCGCUGCGGCUGAAGGCCCUCAGUGCUCCCAACGUGGUGGAGGACGAGAUUGACCAGUACCUGAGCCGGCAGGACGGGAAGAUUUACCGGAGCCGCGACCCGCAGCUGUGCCGGCAUGGCCCGCUGGGGAAGUGCGUGCACUGCGUCCCUCUGGAGCCGUUUGACGAGGACUACCUAAACCACCUCGAGCCGCCCGUGAAGCACAUGUCCUUCCACGCCUACAUCCGCAAGCUGACUGGAGGGGCCGACAAGGGGAAGUUUGUUGCCCUGGAGAACAUCAGUUGCAAGAUUAAAUCGGGGUGUGAGGGACACCUCCCGUGGCCCAAUGGCAUCUGCACCAAGUGCCAGCCCAGCGCCAUCACGCUGAACAGACAGAAAUACAGGCACGUGGACAACAUCAUGUUCGAGAACCACACGGUGGCCGACCGCUUCCUGGACUUCUGGAGGAAGACGGGGAACCAGCAUUUCGGGUACUUGUAUGGCCGCUACACGGAGCACAAGGACAUUCCUCUGGGCAUCAGGGCCGAGGUGGCCGCCAUUUACGAGCCUCCCCAGAUUGGAACACAGAACAGCUUGGAGCUGCUCGAAGACCCAAAAGCCGAGGUGGUGGAUGAAAUCGCUGCCAAACUCGGCCUGAGAAAGGUUGGCUGGAUAUUCACAGACCUGGUCUCAGAGGACACCCGGAAGGGUACAGUCCGGUACAGUCGGAACAAGGACACCUACUUCCUGAGCGCAGAGGAGUGCAUCACCGCGGGCGCCUUCCAGAACAAGCACCCCAAUGUCUGCCGGCUCUCUCCCGACGGCCACUUCGGGUCCAAGUUCGUCACCGCAGUGGCUACAGGCGGUCCGGACAACCAGGUGCACUUCGAAGGCUACCAGGUGUCCAGCCAGUGCAUGGCGCUGGUCCGGGACGAGUGCCUGCUGCCCUGCAAGGACGCCCCCGAGCUCGGCUACGCCAAGGAGUCCAGCAGCGAGCAGUACGUGCCCGAUGUGUUUUAUAAGGACAUAGACAAGUUCGGCAACGAGAUCACCCAGCUGGCCCGCCCGCUGCCCGUGGAGUAUCUGAUCAUAGAUAUCACUACCACCUUCCCCAAGGACCCCGUCCACACGUUUUCUACUUCGCAAAGCCCGUUCCCUAUCGAGAACCGGGACGUGCUGGGUGAGACACAGGACUUCCACAGCCUGGCCACCUACUUGUCGCAGAACACCUCCUCCCUGUUCUUGGACACCAUCUCGGAUUUCCACCUCCUGCUCUUCCUGGUCACCAAUGAAGUCAUGCCUCUGCAGGAUAGUAUCAGCCUCCUGCUGGAGGCCGUGCGGACCCGGGACGAGGAGCUUGCGCAGACGUGGAAGAAGUCCGAGCAGUGGGCCACCAUCGAGCAGCUCUGCAGCACAGUCGGGGUGCAGCUCCCGGGCCUGCACGAGUACGGAGCCGUCGGGGGCUCCUCACAUGCCACCACCGCCGCCGCCUGGGCCUGUGAGCACUGCACCUUCGUGAACCAGCCGGGCACCGGCCACUGCGAGAUGUGCAGCCUCCCCAGGACCUAGUGCCGCCCCAGCCCCUUCUGACGCCAGGGUCGUGGAGUCCUGCCCCACGGUGGGCAGCCCUGGGGCGCAGGGCAGAGCAGAGGCAGCUGCCCUGGGGUCUCUGGCUCACAAAACCUCUCAGCACCAGGCUUCCCUGAAGGAUGGAGCCGGGCUGGGGUUCUCCGGCCGACACCGGGCUCCUCACAGAGGAGCAGGCAGCUCGGCCCCCACGGGCGGCUCGGCGCGCCCGCCUGCAGAGGAGGGUGGGUGCUUGCUGCUGCCCCGGCCCCCUUCCUUUCUGGAUGCCGUUUGUUCUUGCCCCUCCCCUGGUUGUGGUUGGGGCUCCUGCCGGCCUCUGUGCCCUGUUGCCUGGAGGCAGAGCCUGCCUGCAGGGGCCACCUUCUCCCCUUCAGUAGUCAGCAUCCGGCAGCAACACGAGUGGCCACAGGCCCGCCGGCCUCUGUCUGCUUGGUCUGCAGUUCCCUUGCUGCCCGCCCUUGUCCUGCUCUCAGCCAGUGUCCAGGUGGGACCCUGGAGUCGGCUUCGAUUGUAAUAACAGUUAUCAGUAAUUCCCGCCCUGGAGACUUAUUUAUUUUUCUUGAGAUAAAAACUGCUUAAAAGGGGAGUGAGAGAGACUAGUUGCCACUUCUUCCCUCUAGUGAGCCCCUGUGGGCGUGUGCGGGGUGGGGAGUGUGGGUGGGGGCCCACAGUCAGAUCUCCUUGGAGUAAACCUCAGUGCCUGAGACUUUUCUGCCCGACCGCGUGGCCGCGGGAGCCGCAGAAACGAGCCCCUGCCCCGGGGCGUGGCGGCCCCCGCUGGGCGGAGGCUGCUGACCCGGGUGCGUGGGGCGAGCCGGGCUGUCCAGGAAGCCCUGGGCCCUUUGCCCACACACGGUCCUGCCUGCCCCGGCCUUGCACAGUGGCAUGGCCACUGAGGGGCCUGUGGUGAGGUCACAGGGGCGGCCGGAAGGUGGCUACUGGGCUGAUGGUGAGGCCCGGGCCGUCCCAGGACAGAGGUCGUGUGCCGUGGGGUCCCCGCAUGUCCUCUGUGGCUGGGCCCUGCCCCGGGAACCUGUGGGCACGCUGAUGCCUCUUUGCCUUAACAAGAGCCAGGUCUCGGAGCUGCUCUGCAGGAGAGGCCGGCCCAGACACAGGCUGCUUGGGGACCUCACGUCUGCCUUGGGGCAGGGGCAGCCCUGGGGGCCCCCUUUUCCUCAGGCCGUGCACGAGAGCGCGUGGGUGUGGGCUUUGGUGGCGACAGGAGCCAGUCGGAGCGGGUCUGGCUGGGGUGGCUUGUCCAAGCACAGCCACCGUGGAGGACGCGUGCGCUCCCGGAAAGAGUAGGAGGGCAGAGCCCCGGCCUCUGUGGCCCGGCCCCCAGCCCAGACGAGGGGCGGCCCUGCGCUCCAACUCGCUUCUGCGACCUCGUGCCCCAGGGACUCCCCAGGGAGCAGCGUCCCGCCCACUGGGCCCGGCCCCAGCCCCACACCCACACAACUGGUUGUCUCCGUCUGUCUUUCAGCUAAAGAAAAAGCGUUGUGACUUCUCCA